AUGGCUCCUCUAAAAGCACCAACAGACCCCAUUGCACUUGUUGGCAUGAGUUGUCGUUUACCCGGUGGUGCCUCCGAUACCUCGAAGCUUUGGGAUCUCCUAGUUAAUGGAAGGUCAGGAUUGAGCGAAAUCCCCAAAUCACGCUUCAAUAUAGACGCUUUUUACCAUCCAGAGUCUAAUAAGACAGGCACUAUUAAUGCAAAGGGUGGAUACUUCUUAGAACACGACGUUCGGUUAUUCGAUAACGCCUUCUUUGGCAUUAACAACUUAGAAGCAAAAUACAUGGAUCCUCAGCAAAGACAACUACUAGAGGUUGUCUAUGAAUGUUUCGAGAGUGCUGGAAUCACUCUCGAAGAUGUAUCAGGUGCAAACAUUGGCUGUUACGUCGCAAACUUCACUACCGACUUCGUGAAUGUCCAAGCGAAGGAUCCAGAUCUAUAUCAUAGAUAUAGUGCAACAGGCUUUGGGCCUACAAUUUUAGCAAACCGAAUCAGCCAUGCAUUCAAUUUGAAAGGCCCAAGUCUUGUACUUGAUACAGCAUGCUCAUCAUCAUUAUAUGCUCUUCAUGUGGCGUGUGCAGCAUUGAACGUUGGUGAAUGCGACUCCGCGAUUGUGGCUGGAGCUAACCUGGUUCAAUCUCCGGAAGCUUAUAUUGCCAUGACAAAAGCCGGUGUUUUAUCAAGUACAUCAGUAUCCCAUACAUUUGACUCUUCGGCAGAUGGAUAUGGAAGAGGAGAAGGAAUAGCCGCGUUGUACUUAAAGCGAUUGGAUCAUCUGAAUGCUUCGGAUCCUGUACGCUCAAUCAUUCGUGGAACAGCGGUGAACAGUAAUGGAUAUACUCCUGGGAUUACAAUGCCAGGUGUUGAUGGACAGGAAGCUGUUAUUCGGAAAGCUUACGCCAUGGCUGGAUUGCCUCUCCAUGACACUACGUACAUUGAGAGUCACGGAACUGGCACAAGUAUUGGAGAUCCUAUUGAAGUUGAAGCUAUCUCACGAUGCUUCAGCUCCAAAUCUGGCCAUCAGCCCCUCCUUAUAGGCUCGGUUAAGCCUAAUCUUGGUCAUGGCGAAGCUGUUAGUGGUAUCACUAGCAUUAUAAAAGCAACUCUUGCUCUUGAACGCCAAACCAUUCCCCCCACGAUUGGUGUUCGGAGUCUGAAUCCACAGCUCAAACUCAAAGAGCGCAACAUCAGAGUUGUUAUGACCUCCGAAUCAUGGCCUGCAACCGCAACUGAAAGGAUAAGUGUGAACUCCUUCGGCUACGGUGGAGCAAAUGCGCAUGCAAUUAUCGAUUCUGCUAGGAUGCACGUACCUCCACACAAUCAAAGAAACCACAAAGAUGUCGAGGAUAUUCAUGCCACCAUGAUUUUACCCUUUUCUGCCCACAAUACAGACUCCCUGACAAGAAACGCAACCGCCAUUGCUUCUUCUAGAGUGCUGUCAAAGGAUUUGCAAAAACUUGCAUAUACUUUGGCGUCGCAUCGCUCGAGCCUGCAAGUCCGAGGUUAUGUUCUUGCUCACAAGGAAGGUAUCGAAUCAAAUAUUUCGACAACACCUCUCAAAUUCCAGCCAUCGAGCGUCUCUAGCUCACCCAUCGCCUUUGUUCUGACAGGUCAAGGGGCUCAGUCUGCAAGAAUGGGUGCCAACUUGCUGGAUAGAUUCCCCGUUUUCACUCAAACAAUUGAUCAUCUUGAUGUAUAUCUUAAAUCUUUAGAUCAAGCACCAAUAUGGUCCCUCAGGGAAAUCAUAUUGGAAAGCGAAGAAUAUAGCACAAUUAAUCAAGCAUCAAGAUCACAACCUAUUUGUACCGCUCUGCAGAUAGGAUUGGUAACUUUACUCAAAGAUUGGAACAUUGAGCCAACAGCUGUGAUCGGGCAUUCUUCUGGGGAAAUAUGUGCAGCGUAUGCUGCCGGCUUCAUAACAAUGGAAGAGGCAAUGGCAAUUGCUUAUUAUCGCGGGCUUGUCGUCUCAAAGAUGAGUACACGAGGCGCAAUGAUGGUUGUUGGACUUGACCACGAAAGAGUCGUUAAACAUAUUGCAAUGAACCACUUGCACGAAAGUCUUCGCGUCGCUUGUAUUAAUUCACCGGAGAGUACUACUGUUAGUGGGGACGCGGACGCCAUCGAUAUUUUACUUUCAGCUCUCGAAGGACGGAAAAUUUUCGUCCGGAAACUCAAAACAGACGGCAAAGCCUAUCAUUCUCAUUUGAUGCAAGAGAUUGGGCAGUUCUACGAAGACCUUCUCCUUCCGAUCUUAUCUAGGAGAGAUAAAUCUAAGCUAGAUGAGCUACGACCAGAUGUCAAAAUGUUUUCUUCGGUGGUCUCAGACUUAGUGCAGGAAAAUGUGGUCAGAACACCAGCUUACUGGCGCAAGAACCUUGAGUCCCCUGUCCUUUUUUCUGGCGCAAUGAAAUCGCUAUUAUCAUCUGGAUCCUAUCAUAUGAUAGAAGUAGGACCUCACCCAGCAUUAGCACAACCCGUGCGAGACGUUCAGCUCAGGGCCAACACAAUGCAGUCCACCUAUUUCUCAACAUUGUCUCGCGGAGCUCAUGAUGAAAUCUCUAUGCUCAAUCUGGUCGGCUCGCUCUACCUUCAAGGUCACAACCUGCCUUUCUCCAAGAUAAACGCCAUACAGAAUGGUCUGCAAGUUAUUCAAGAUCUACCGACUUAUUCCUGGGCUCAUAAGAACAUUCUUUGGAACGAAUCUCGGAUUAGCUCAGAAUAUCGCACGCAGAAAUACAAAAGACACGAUCUUCUUGGAUCAAAAGUCCCUGGAACACCUGGCAGAGCUUUCUGGUGGCGCAAUACUCUGAAGCUGCAAGAAGUGCCAUGGAUCCAAGACCACAAGUUGGGACAGACUAUCGUAUUUCCAGCCGCAGCUUACCUUGCCAUGGCUAUUGAAGGGCUACUUCAAGCUCAUGAUCACCUGAUUGAAAGUAAAGUCACAUUGAAGCAGGUCCACUUGCUCAAUCUACUCGUUCUAGAAGCUGAGGGAGACGGAGUGGAAUUGACCAUGCAACUAGAACCAGCUAGGCUUUCAAGUGCCACAACCUCUGAAAUAUGGUGGCGAUUCGAAAUUUGUUCGCGCGUUGCAAAUGUCGUCACAGUGCAUGCCAAUGGAUUGAUAGCCACGCAUGGCCCGGACAAUCUUUAUAUAGAGAGCUCAUUCUCUUCUGCUGACUCUAUCAUGGAGGAGCAAAGUACCAAAACUUGGUACAAAAAACUGGCAAAAGAGGGGUUAUGUUUUGGUCCGGAGUUUCACUCUCUGGUGGAGAUCAAGACAGAUCGUAGCAAAAGAUAUCCUGGUGUUUUGGCACAGACCAAAUAUCGUCGUGGAAGCGAUUUGGGCGCGUAUAUUGAGUCCGAUUACGUUAUACAUCCUGUAACAAUCGACGCAAUGUUGCAAGCAGCGAUUGUUGGCUCCGCGGCUGGAGUAGUUCAUGAUUUCAGAGGCAAGAUUCCAGUCAUGGUGAGCGAAUUCAAUGUAUUUAUCAGCAAAAUACCAAAUGCUGCAGAGAUCUGCAACAUCAAAACAAGCUGCAGAAAAGUCGGUAUCGAAUCUGUAUUACUCUCAGGAGAGCUACAGAGCCCCGAUGGAAAGCUCUUAGCUCGCAUGGAGGACAUUCGUGCCAUUCCUUACAAAGAGCACAAGUUGCGAGACCCGACUGAGCGAAACCCGUAUCUUCAAAUCUUGUGGAAGCCCAAUGUCUCAACAUUAACGAGUGAGAAUUCUCAUGUCUUCGCGAGCUAUUUGGAGCAAUUCAGCAGCUUUCUUCCUUCUCAAUUUCAAGGUAGCGACAUGGCAUACUUGACCGGUGCAGUAGAUCUCAUUACUCAUAGCAACGGGCGAGCCAAGAUUUUGGAGUUGAGCGAUGGUAACAAUGAUCAACUAGAGCAGUCAAUGAUUGCAGCAGGAAUUGGUGGUAAACACCAACGUUUCGAUUCGUAUAUGAGCGCUGUAAUCACACCUGACGGCAGUAUAACGUGCGACGCCAAAAAUCUCAAACCAGAGCAUCUUUUUGAUGUUAUAGUUGUUUCAUCUAAAUCAUCGACGGCCUAUGUUUUGGAUCAUUUCGAUGCUCUUAAACCGUACUUUGCUCCAAACACAUUCUUCGUCUUCACAAGUGAUUCAACAGCAUCUCUGUCGCUCCAUCAAAAACAACUAUCUUUGCUCUCAGCACGUUUGAAUCAUUCCAAAACUACAAUCACAAUUGCACGUCCCGAAUCUCGUUUAUUUGACGGGAAGGUGGCUCCAGAUGGAUCGAAAUUCAUUCUGGUAUUCCCGAACGCUACACUUCCAUACUCACCCUUGAACCACGCGAUAAUCAAUGAACUAUCAAGGUUUCUCAAAACUCCCAUUCAGCUACUAGGUUUAGAAGAGGUUUCCCAUGAUACGCUCCCCCCAAACUCAAUGGUUGUCUGCACCCUCGAACUCGAAUCUCCACUUCUAAACAAUAUGACGUCCAAUCAGCUCGAACACCUGAAGAUCAUCUCAGAGAAUGCAGCAUUUAUCCUUUGGUUGACGGGCGGCUCUCUCUACACCGCUUCAGAUCCAAAUUAUGCUAUCGUCCUUGGUCUGUCCCGUUCGCUGAUGCUGGAACGUCCAUCGCUCCAAAUGCCCGUGUAUGAUAUUGAUCUUGCAACACCUCCAAUCAUCUCUGCACAAAAUGUGGUUUCGGUAAUAAAAGAGGUCUUGGGCAGUGAAACGGUUCCGGAUACUGAGUAUCGCCAACAUGAAGGUGUCAUUUACCACAGUCGCGUCAUUCCCGAUGCUAGUCUCAACAUAAGCUUCAGACGUGCACAAGAUGAAGAGGUUACACUCAUCCCGCUUCAGGAAGCAGGGUUUUGCAGGCUAGCGAUGAAGAAUGUACGAAAUAUCAACACUUUGCGCUUUCAGCAGCUUGAAGAGGAGGAAUUGCUUCCAAGAGGAUAUGUUCAGGUACAAGUCAGAGCUAUGGGCAUCAAUGCCAGAGACUAUGAUGCUCUGACCGAGAAAGUCGAUGUCCAAAAUGGCACCUGCUCGCUGGAAUUUAGUGGUAUAAUCACAGCAACAAACUCACAGGUAACAACAUUCCUGCCCGGUGACCGUGUGGUAGUGCUGGCUCCAAAUCAUGGGGGAACGCACGAGCAAGUACCAGAAUGGGCGUGUUGUAGAUUGAAAGAUGAUGAGGACUUCACCAAUAUGGCCACAGUUCCAGUGGCUUUUAGUACAGCAUUAUUUGCGCUGGAAGAACGCGCGAAAUUGGAGACAGGCCAGUCAAUUCUCAUUCAUUCAGCCACGGAUAGCGUUGGACUGGCUGCUAUACAGAUUGCACGACUCAAGGGUGCAGAAAUAUAUGCUACUGUCGACACAGAUGCCAAGAAAGCUUUCUUGGUAAACAAGUUACACCUCCCAUCGUCCCAGGUGUUCUUUCAAUCUCCCAGUAACACCAUGCUAACCGAUAUCUUGUGCGCAACGUCGGGCAAAGGAGUAGACGUCGUGAUGAAUUGUCUUGCGGGUGAUUUGCUACAAGCCAGCUGGAAAGCCGUAGCCGACUUCGGGACUUUCAUUGAGCUCGAGAAACGCGAUAUCGCUGAUGGCGGCCUAUUGGACAUGUGUAUGUUCAAUUCGGGCGUCACGUUUACGGUGCUGGACUUGAAUGAUAUAUUUUGGUCCGAAAAGGAAACUAGACGCCAGACUAUCCACAAAUUGCUACAUAGAAGUAUAGAGCUGCUUAGGGAAGAGAGAAUCAGGCCAGUAUCACCAUUGACGGUCUUUCCCGCAUCUCAGAUUGUCGAAGCAUUCCGUUAUUUUUCAUCCAACGACCGCAUCGGGAAAGUUGCACUGACCCUUUCCCCUUUCGCUGUCAUCCCAGUAGUUCCACUGAAAUACCACACGCGCUUCGAUGCUCAAAAAGCAUACAUACUUGUCGGCUGCCUCGGUGGUCUUGGGAGAAGCCUAUCACAGUGGAUGUUGAAGCGUGGGGCAAAAAACUUCAUCUUCAUUGGGCGCUCUGGGACCUCCAAAGCUGCUGCACGAAACACGGUUGCAGAUCUACGAGCCGCAGGCGCAGAUGUGGAGGUUGUGCAGGGAGAUGUGGUCAACUAUGCCGACGUUGAACGGGGGGUAUUAGCAGCCAAACAACCAAUUGGAGGCGUCGUCCAAGCGGCUAUGAGUAUCCAUGUUGCGCUGUUCAAUGAAACCACGACUGAGAAUUGGCACUCGGGUAUAAGCCAAAAAGUGCAAGGCACUAUGAAUCUCUAUAGAGCCUUAUCAAGCACUCGCAAUACCACACAACUAGACUUCUUCCUUAUGCUCUCCUCCGUAACGGGAAGUGUCGGGGUUGCCACAGAGAGCAAUUAUUGUGCCGCCGGUGCCUUCCAAGAUGCGUUUGGAGCUCAUCUCCGCAGUAUUGGCCUCCCCGGUAUCUCGCUCGGUCUCGGCAUGGUUUCCGAGGUUGGAUUCUUACACGAGAGACCAGACACAGAAGCGGUACUUUUGAGAAAAGGAUUGCAUCCGCUUACCGAGGAUGAAUUCCUGCAGGUGGUAGACGGGGCUCUCAACUCCUUGAAAACGACUGACGAGUCAGAAGACACAGCUUGGGGUAAGAAGCAUCAUAUGGGCGGUCAUAUAUUGACCGGGCUCGAACUCCAAGGCUUUCAAAAACAUCGCGACAUGGGUUUUGUGAGAGGAGUUGUGGUGCUCGAGGACCCUCGUUUGACGUACAUGGCGAGGGCAUUUGCGGCAUCUGCACCUGCUAAUAGCAGUGCUGAUACUGUUGAUGCAGGCGGCUUUCCUGAAGCUGUCGCUGCAGCUUUGGCGAUGAAUGACAAUGACGCAUUGCCGAGUGCAGGUUUGACUGACGCGAUUGCAAACGUGGUGAUAUCACGAAUUUCAACAUUACUAUUGGUUCCUGCGACGCAGCUGCAAGCGACGACGCUCCUCUCAGACUUUGGGAUGGAGAGCAUGCUUGCGGCGGAAUUUCGAUCGGAUAUGUUUAGGGCCUUUAGGGUUGAUGUGCCCUUUGCCAUUCUCAUGACUCAAGGUACUCAGAUACAGAGUAUAGCAGAACUCGUCGGCCAAAGUUUGCUCGAGCAGAGGUAA